AUGGCGCCGCUGACGCGCUCGGCGUCCAAGCAGCGGCCGUGGUCCAAAAUGAGGGACGGCAUCGAAUUCAACGCCUCGCCCGCCGGCGCCAACGGCGCGGGCGGUGCCCUUUUCAAUGGCAACGGCAAGGCGUCGCCGCACGCCUCCAUCCAUUGGAGCGACGACAGCGGCGAAGAGGACGCGGCGUCGGCCGGCGGGCUUUCGCGGCGGCGGCGCAACGGCGGCGGCCGC